UACAUGGCCGACCAUAUGAUAAUAAUCAGCAGUUUAGAGUGUGAUUUCAUAAUAAAACAUUUUUGUUGAAUUUGUUCUGAAACUCCACUUUCAUUGCCACUGUCAGGCAUUCGUCGAAGUUAGAUUCAAAUAUCUUGGGAGUGAUAUUAUUCCGGAAUUACUUCUAGGAAACUGAGUUUCUGAAAUUGAAAGUGAACACUGUUGUUUUACCUAUAAACAUCGUUUCUUCCAUGUGAUGGAGCACUCAACAGGCCCGAUAGUGGCCUAGGUGUAUUUCUUCGGAUUGGGUGUAGUAUACAUCCUUUUAUCAAAGUAACCUAAUCUGAAUUUGUUCUUAGUUCUGUUUUAAUUAAGUAAUUUGUUGAUGAAAAUCUAGUUUUCUGAAAAAGAACAGCCACGUAGUGGCUGUGGUUUAAACUCACAUUCACGGGAAGAGACUGUUUGUCGGGGCAAUUAUUGGGUUCAGUUGACUUUGGAAAUUCUUAAAUCCUUUGUUACAGAUCGGUUGAUGAAGAAGGAUUUAUUAUCUUGGGUAUUUCGGGUAUUUACCAAAUACGUCUCUAGGUGCUGUUGCCAAAACCAACAGAAGCCAUCUCAGUAGUAUUGUUGGGCGGCUUUAAGAGGUCCAGGAAUGGACUGGGGUGAGUUUUUAGAUGAUGAGAAUGUUUUGUAGGGACACGAGCAUUCCUCAUAACAUCAAUAGGGUGUUUUCACCUGAUGUUGGGUCCGCCCCUUCUAUUGACUCUAACCAGUGAUUUCCUUUUCCUGUCCUUCCCCAGCGGGGCUACUAUGGCAAGAGAUUAGAUAACUCGAGUGCCACCUGAUUUCUUCAUUGAAGAUUAAAGGGCCGAUGGUAGACCGUUGUCAAGGCUACUCAGUGGAUGAAAAAGACCACCGUGAAAUAAGGCCCUCAGGGCAGGUGUUCACGUAAAGCACUUUGACAUUCUUGUAUGGGUCCAGUGAAAUAUUGCACCGAUUUCAACCAUUCAAUAGACUUCGUCCCACAUAGGUCUAAAAAACGUGCGUACCAAAUUUCAUCGCAUUAGCUAGAUAUUUAACACCUGUACCUUGAGCACAAAGUUUGCAUUAGUAUAUCAUCGGUUCAAAUCGGUUAGUGUGUAGGACUCAUAGCCAGAGAUGUACUUUGCUUCCUGAUUCACUUGAAAUUUGUUUUGGUCAGUUCUAGGAUCACUGUUUAAGUUAGGAUCUUCCCAAAUAUUAACUUGUUAAUCAUACUAUAGAGACUGAAUUAUUAUUAUUUACUAUGAUAUUAAAAAUACAUAAGUAGCUGAUAUUUUCAAAUUAUUUCAAAUUUAUACCACUGUAUUCUACUAUAUUAUAAUAACUAUUUAAUUGAAUGAAAUUUUAUUUUGAAUUAUACCAAUUUGCUUUCAUUUUUUCUGUUUCUAGUUUAUUCAAGAGUGUUUAUUUUUAGAAUUAAUACAAUUCCAUAUCAAUAUGUCACGAAAUAAGAUUAAAAUUUCCAAGCUUAUACAAAUGGCGAAAAGUGUGCAAAAUAUAAUGAAAUAUAUAAAAUUCUGAAUUAAAUUAUAUAUAUUGCUUCUUUUUUUUUUCUUUUAAAAAUAAUGUAGGUCAGUGUUAACUGAAGAAGUUUAGAAAAAGAAAAAUGGGUUCAGGAAAAAGAAAAUCAUUAAAAACAUAAAAAAAGAAAUGAAAAAAUAAAACAGAACUUGUAUUUAGUAAAUGAAUUAAGUUUUGGGCUUGCUCACACACACACGUUUAUAUACACGCACAAAGCUCAUACUUUCACACACACACAUACGUAGGAAAGUUUUUCAGAAAAGAAACAAACAAAAAAAAAAGAAGAACACAAAAAAGAAAGAAAAUAAAUAGGAAAAUGUGAACAUGCGACAUGCUGAUAAAACAAAAGCCAUACAUUUUCCUUUAUUGGUGUUGUGGAAGUAUGUAUGUGUUGUAUUUGUGAGAAUGUUGGUGGUUCUCGUGCGACCUUCCUACUUCAUUUUUACAAUUUUGUUAACACAACAACAAAGCAGACGAAGAAGAAAAACCCACAAAAAUUUCCCAUAAAAUUCAAGUAUUUACAGGACAUUCAAAAUUGCUCCAUUCUCUCACUCUCUCUCUAUCGCCCGAAUUUUAAAAAGUUAACGAAAGAAAGCAAAGUAAAUAUAACGAGAGAAAUAAUAAAACUAAUUUGUAAAUAAAAUAAUAAAAGAGAACUGCAAAGUGGUAAAAUUUAAGACUUGGAAAUGUAUGAGAAGAAAAACUCUCAUUGAAAAGAGAGUUUUCAUGAUAAUAGAAUUUUCCAAAAUUAGCUUUUAUGCUUUUGCGCUUUUAUUUUUCAUUUACAGUCUUGAAAUCAAGAAUUUAAAAUCAUUGCAAAUAGUUCCAACGAACACGUCAGAUAGUGAAAAGCGUUAGAAAAAUAAAUAGUAAAAAAAAAAUAAAAAAAAAUAUAUUAAAACUUAAAAGAAAAAAAAAAGGAUAAUAAAUUGUGGUGAAACUUACUCAAUUUAAAGUGUCUUAAAUGUGUUGAAGUUGAAUUAAAAAAUUAAUAUAAAAUAAAAUUUAAAAAAAACUUUAAGUUAAAGUUUUAAAGAAGUGUAAAAUAAAUAAUAACAAAUUUCAUAUUUGUAAAACAAUUAAAUUAUAUGGAGUUGAACUUUGUUAGACUGAAUCUAGAGCAAAUAGUAAUUUUGUUUGUCUUUCAUAACACUUAUUAAAUGAAAAUUUUUAAAAAUUUAUAAUUGACUUGAAAAAAGUAAUAAUAAAUAAACUACCACAAAAGGAAUAACAAAAAACAAAAAUCUCUUCAACGGAAUAAUACGGUGAAAUUUCAUAAGAAACAAAUAACAACAAAGGAAACAGGAAGUCCUUAUAAAUAAUAAAUAUAAUUAAAAAAAACUGUAUUCAUAAACUCAUAUUUAUAUUCUUGUUGAUAACGUUAAAAAGUGAUAAAAAUUUAUUAUACGUUCUUAAGCUAAAUAUUAAACUACUGCUACUAUUUACCCCACUUUGCUCCUUUGAUCCGCUCGCUUAAAUCAACAUAACUAAAAAAUAUAAUAAAAGCAUCCUUGUAAAAUCAACUUAAAACAGUUUUUAAUAAUUAAAACGCUUAUAAGCUGAAAAGAAAAAAAAUUAAAAUAAUAAUAAAGUCUAGUUAAAAAUUUAAACACAUACAAAUAAAAUACGUAUAAACAAAUUUCAAAUAAUAAAUUUAAAAAUAAAAAUUAAUAAUAUCUAGAAAAAAAGUUAAUGGAAAACAUAAAUACAACAAAAUAUUCAUAUAAAUAUUAUUAAUUCAUUUAUUUGGCUGCUCAAACUAAAUGUUCAUCGCAAAAACUUGUGCAUAAAUUUAGAAUCUGUCCAUCAGUUUGCUGUGCGUGAAAUCAACCGAAAUUUUCUGAUUGUGACCAAUAUCAUCAUUUCCAUGUGGAGGAUAUAAAUUUCAAACAAAACACAUUUGGCUGCCACAAAUAUAAAAAAAAGCUAAAAUAAAAUAUAACUUAUAAUUAAUACAACGUCAUUCAUACUUGCAUACAUUCAUAUGUAUAUAUUUACAUGCGAGUACAUAAAUAUGUAUAUAAUUAGAUAAAGUCUGUUGUAAUAAAGUAAAUUCUAAAUAUAAUAAGUCCAUCAAGAAAACUUCAUUAGAACAAAAAAAAUAUAUUUUGUUGCAACAUCUCAAAAGAAAGAACUCAACAAAGAAAAAUCUGUGAUUUAAGUUAAAAAGACAGCAACAACAAACAACCCUAGGACAACAAAUUUUUUCUGUGCAAAACUCCUAGAAUAUCGAAAACCUAGUUAAAUUAUUCAGUUUUUCAUGAAUUAAUGGUUGAUGUUAACAAAGAAAAGGAUCAAUAGAUGAAAUGUAGCGCGGUUCUAUGGUCGGCGAACGUGAUAGAGACCGUGAAACGGUACGCUGGGAAACGGGUGCGUCAACACCACCGACCCAAUACAAUAAUGGAGUAUUACAAAUGGUGGGACAAUUGCAUGGUGGACAGGCUACAAGCCAACAACAACAGCAGCAACAACAACAAACAAUACAACGUGAUUCACAACAACAGCAGCAACAGCAACAACAACCGCCACAACAAAUCAUACCAAAACAAAAGCAAAUACAGCAACAGGAAUUUAACUAUCAACAACAAUCCAACAGCUGGAUCGAUAACGAAACUCUUGGACGCAACAGUGCAACAUCAACUACCACAACGGCCAAUAUCGGAGACGGCUGUGAUAAUCAACCCUACUACGACACCAGCGGUAAUGUCGAUUGGGGCCGGGCGAUGGGAACCGGUGGAACUGGUGCAUACAUUGGCGGCGAUGGAUCUAUCCCAACAGCUGGCAGUAUUGCUUAUAACGCUAGUCAAGGUACUACAGCCGCGCGAGGUGCCGGCAUCAAUACCAGCGCCGCUACUGGUGGCAACAUGGAUUAUAUUGAUGGUAGCAGCAUUGCUGGCGCAUCCGCCACAACUACACACACUGCUGGUGGUAUGGCAGGUGGCAGUACGGCGAGUGCUGUCGGCUGGUCAAACGAUGUCACACUGGUUGGCGUGCCUGGCAGCACGGCCAUUACGACUACAACUUCUGGUUCGGGCACUGGCAAAGAAGUACGCUACGCUCCAUUCCCCAUCACCUCACCCACACAUUCGAAUCCCACUACUUCCCAACUGCACCAGGGCGCCAUCAAUGCUGGCGCUCUACAACGGACACAUUCCAGAUCAAUGUCCUCCAUCCCGCCGCCGGAACCUUUUAUGAUAGCACAGUCGAAGCAAAUGAACAGUCGCGUAUCCAUCAAUGUGGGCGGUGUCAAACACGAAGUCCUCUGGCGCACCCUCGAACGUCUGCCCCACACACGUCUCGGCCGCCUUCACGAAUGCACGACCCAUGAAGCCAUUAUAGAGUUGUGCGAUGACUAUUCGCUGGUCGACAACGAGUAUUUCUUCGAUCGCCAUCCCAAAAGUUUUAGUUCCAUUUUAAAUUUCUAUCGUACGGGUAAAUUACACAUUGUCGACGAGAUGUGUGUGCUGGCCUUCAGCGAUGAUCUCGAGUAUUGGGGCGUCGAUGAACUCUACCUGGAGUCGUGCUGUCAGCACAAAUACCAUCAGCGCAAAGAAAACGUGCACGAAGAAAUGCGUAAAGAAGCCGAAUCGCUACGACAAAGAGACGAAGAAGAAUUUGGUGAAGGUAAAUGCGCCGAAUAUCAGAAAUACUUAUGGGAAUUGCUAGAAAAACCGAAUACAAGUUUUGCCGCCAGGGUUAUCGCUGUGAUAUCCAUACUAUUUAUAGUCCUGUCUACCAUAGCCCUGACGUUGAACACCCUACCACAGUUACAACAUUAUGAUAAUGAUACGGGUACACCAACAGAUAAUCCACAAUUGGCUAUGGUUGAGGCCGUUUGUAUAUCGUGGUUUACGCUAGAGUAUAUACUUAGGUUUAGUGCGUCGCCAGACAAGUGGAAGUUUUUUAAAGGCGGCUUAAAUAUAAUCGAUCUAUUGGCAAUACUCCCUUAUUUUGUUUCCCUGUUUUUGUUGGAGACAAACAAGAAUGCUACGGACCAGUUCCAGGAUGUGCGCCGGGUGGUGCAAGUUUUUCGCAUCAUGCGCAUCCUGCGAAUCCUUAAGCUGGCCCGUCACUCAACGGGCCUGCAGUCGUUAGGCUUUACCCUACGCAAUUCAUAUAAGGAACUCGGUCUACUAAUGCUGUUCCUGGCUAUGGGCGUUCUCAUAUUUUCUUCGCUGGCAUAUUUUGCCGAAAAGGAUGAAAAGGAUACAAAAUUCGUUUCAAUACCGGAAACAUUUUGGUGGGCGGGUAUUACAAUGACAACUGUUGGCUACGGGGACAUCUAUCCCACUACUGCACUGGGAAAGGUUAUUGGUACUGUGUGUUGCAUAUGCGGUGUUCUGGUAAUCGCUUUGCCUAUUCCCAUCAUAGUUAACAAUUUCGCUGAAUUUUAUAAGAAUCAGAUGAGACGCGAGAAGGCGCUCAAACGCCGUGAGGCGCUCGAUCGUGCCAAACGUGAGGGUAGCAUUGUUUCUUUCCAUCAUAUCAAUCUGAAAGAUGCCUUUGCCAAAUCCAUGGAUCUCAUCGAUGUCAUUGUUGAUACAGGAAGCAAACAAACAAAUGUCGUUCAUCCAAAAUGUAGAAACAGACAGUCAGCAACAAAUAUAGGAAAACAACCUCUAAGUAAAAUUCUGUCAGAAAAGCGCGAAAGUCGCAAUAGAUCCAUAAACAAUUGGCAACGUUUAACAAAAGCCCUACGACGAUCGUUACCCACAGGGCACAAUCUCUCACAGACGGAUGGGAAUAGCACGGAAGGCGAUUCGACCAGUGGACGAAACCCGGCUACAACAGGAAUUGGUUGCUAUAAGAACUAUGAUCAUGUCUCCAAUCUAAGAAACUCUAAUGUUCCACAUCUACGUUCUUCAUCAGUACCUGAUCAUCAUGAUGCAGUCCCACCAUACUCCUUUGAAAAUCCCAAUGCUCGUCAGACCUCUAUGAUGGCCAUGGAAAGUUAUAAACGCGAACAGCAGGCGUUGCAACAACAGCAGCAGCAACAACAACAACAACUGUUGCAAUCUGCUUCACCAGCCCUCGCAUUGCCCUCGAAUGCAAUUUCUACAAACGCACCAAAUUCUGCGGCCUUAAUACCAGCUCCACAAACGACAUCUGGUCUUGUAUCAGAUGAUGCUGCUGCCAAUACCUCACAGGCUGGUGAUGACAAUGCUCCAACAUCUAUUAUACCCGUCCAAAUGAUGAUUAAACCAGGGGAAGUGGCAGAGUUGCGUCGCCAGGUGGCGCUUGAAAAUUUGCAAAAUCAACGCAUGGAUAAUUAUGAUCAAGAUGUACCUGUGGAAUUUGAAUGCUGUUUUUGCACAUCAAAGGACUUCAAGGAAUUCACUGAUGCCGAAGGUGUUAUCUCACUUCCAACAUCGGACUUCCAUAAACCGAUUUGUUAUGAAAUGCGACAAGCGGCUAAUCGUGAUCUACAGCAAACGCUUCCAUUCGGCCUACUGACAACAGCAGCGGCGGUACCCCUACCAACUACCGCAACUAUACCGUCAGCACUUCAAAUGUCCAGCCAAAUGCAACAGCAGCAGCAACAACAACUCUUGGCUGGCAUCAUCUCAGCCACGACGGGUACAACACAAACUGAAUUGUUAUAUUCUGCCGGCAGCGGAAUGCCAUACACUGCCACUGGCGCUGCGCCAAUUUCACAAUCAUCUUCGACCUCAUCGUCGUACGGUACCACAACAUCGACAACAAUAGCGCUGCCAUUAGAUACGCCUCUGAGAUAUCCACCGUACAUAACCAGCAGCAGUAUCAGUUCCACUGUUAAUAACUUCAACCACAACUACAAUAACAACUUCAAUACAACAUCUCUGGGAACUUGCCAUCCGCUGUCAAUGAGCACAAGCCAACAAGGUGCACUACCAACACUGGGGAACAAUUACAGCAACAAUAAUUUGAAUAAUUUGAAUUUCAAUAACAACAAUGCCGAUCUGGCGAGCGUAGACAGUUCUGAUACGUAUGCCAGUUGUCAAACCCACCCAUUUUUGUCGCAAGGCGAUCUAACGUCCGACUUUAACGACGAGGUGUGUGCCUUAGACAUAGACAUGGACAAUUUGUAUAUAAAUCCGCUGGAAAAAGAUUCGGCCGGUAAUACAACAACCGGCUAUAUGGUCGGUCUGCCGCCCACCCCCUCCUCUGGCCAGAUACGGGCCCACGUCAAGAAGAGUGCCUCGGGUGAUACGGCUUUGCGAAAUUUGGCAGCCGGCGGUCUAAGUCCCAUGGAUGAUGUUUAUCAAAGUGCAUUCGAUGCCCACGAUCGUGGUAGUCAUAUUAGUCUUAACGAGAAUCCAGUGCCAAAACAUCGUAAAACACGAUUCCAGCAAAGCUUUACCGUAGCAUUGCCACCACAUUCCGCCGUUAGUGCAAUUGGACAGUCAUCGGCGAAACCACGAGCUCGAUUCGAAGACUCGAAGUUGUCGCAUGAAAAUCUGGGAAGUGAAAGCAGUCCUGCGAGUAGUACGGGCAAAAAGAAACGUUCUUCGUUUAUGCCCGGUAAAAGUUUAGCCACUGCCACUAAAUUAAUAAAUCAGCACCUGUUUGGUAUACAAAAUGUUGGACCCAAAGCCAAAUUUGAAAGUAAACAUUCCUCAUCGAUAGACUCUAUAGAUGCAUCGCCAAAUUUAGAACAUCAUCGACGAUCCAAGUCGAUAUUGAAAAAUAAAUCGGAUGUGUCGCGUGUACUGGCAGAUCCUGAAAGUGAACGUCUGCUAGCGGACAAUAUGUCUGGGUCUGGCGUCUCAGAUAAUGGCACUGUCAUGGGCGAGUCUGGCAGUGAUUACUCACCGAAUAAAUUACCUCAUUCAGUUUUAGCUAAGUCAAUAUCCCCACCACCCCUUAGGCAUCGUACCCUAAUGCAACAACGCUCAGGUCCGGCUAAUCUACAAUCGAAACCGACCAAAUUUCAAACACCACGCUAUCCGGAGGAACAAGCCUUACGUCAGGUUAAACCGGUACUGGCACGUUCCGCGGCAGCAUCUCAUAUGUCUGGUGAUAGUAACCGUUACGAUUCAACGAAUAGAGACAGUAGUUUAGUCAUACCAUUCGCAGAUUCCGAAACAACAUUUACAUCGAAUGUUAAUUUACGCAGUGAAGCAGCUGAUAGUGGAAAUGAUGGCAGUGGAGAUGCUGGUGGUUCAAGUGAUGAAAAUCGAUCACUGUUACAACGUGAUAAUUCCAAUGAACGCACAGAGGAACAAGGUGAUAUUAGCGGUUCGAAAGCGUAGCAAUUAAAGAAGGACAAAGCUAAAAGUGAAUAAAAUGUAUUUCAUAGCCAAUCACAUCCACCAAAAACACUUUUGUCUGACACUGUGACACGCAUACUUAAGUACAUUCGUACUACCACUAAAAAUGACAAUUCUAUUGGUCAUUCUUAUCUGGUGGUAAUAAAAGAUAAAACCAAAAAACAAAAUGAAAAAUAUCCUCGAACAGAAUGUGAAUAUGAAAAAGCAAUGAACAGUAUUUUAGUCUGAUUUAAUUAUUUAUUUUUAAAAUGAUAUUACUUGAAAAAAUACAAUAUUUAUUGUAAAAAAAAUGUUAAACAACCAAAAAAUCCCACUUGCAAAAUAAAAACUAAAAUCAAAGUUGUAAAAAUUUAAACUUAAAUAAAUUUAGUUAAGCUUCAAACUAAAUAAAAAAAUUAAAACAAUCUUUAAGGUAAAAGGCAAACAAAUAUGUAAAACUUCAAAAUUGUACAGCUUCACUGUUUUUUAUACAUGUAUGUAAUUACUAAUAAAAAAAACAAGAAUUAUUAAAUUAUAAAUAAAUUAUAUCUAAAUAUAGUACGAGUACAUGUAUUUAUUAUACUAGUAUUUACACUUCAAACUCAAAACAACAAAAAAUCUAAGACGGAAUUCAAAACAAACCAAAAAUCCAAAAACUAACAAACGAACACAAUUUAUCACCACAAAAGCCUAUUUAAAACAAAAACAAAAAAUGCAAAUAAAAAAAGUAUUUUAUAU